UACAGACCUUUGAAAAGGUGGAGCCAUCAUGAUUCAAGAGAUACUAUAUUUGCCCUUUCUUCUGGCCAUGGAAAAUGUGGUGUGGCAGUGAUUCGGACCAGUGGCCCUGCUAGUCAGAAGGCACUGCAACAGUUAACUAAACUGCAGAUAUUGCCCCCUCCACGUCAAGUCACCCUAGCAUCGAUUAUUUGUCCAAAAUCUGGAGAGCUGUUAGACAGAGGACUGGUGGUGUGGUUUUUAGGUCCACGUAGCUUCACAGGAGAAGACUGCUGUGAAUACCAUGUACAUGGUGGACCAGCUGUGGUCAGUGGCAUACUACAAGCUUUGGGACAUCUAAAAACUCUUUGCCCAGCAAAGCCAGGAGAAUUUACAAAGAGGGCUUUUCAAAAUGGGAAGCUGGAUCUAACUGAAGUAGAAGGUUUGGGGGAUCUUAUCCAUGCAGAGACUGAAGUUCAAAGGCGGCAAGCAUUACGUCAGAUGUCUGGAGAGCUUGGACAACUAUAUCAGAGAUGGAGCCAUCAAUUAAUUCGGGCAUUGGCUCAUGUUGAAGCCUUUAUAGAUUUUAGUGAAGAUGACAAUAUUGAAGAAGGUGUUCUGUCCGCAGUUGAUAAAGAAGUGGAAAAGCUCCGGAAAGAGCUGGAGGAGCAUCUCAAGGACAACCGCCGAGGAGAGAGACUGAGAGAUGGGGUUCAAGUGGUUCUAGCAGGAGCUACCAAUGCAGGGAAGAGUAGCCUGCUUAAUGUAAUAAGCCAAAAACCAACAGCUAUUGUUUCUUCCAUCCCUGGCACCACCCGAGAUGUAUUGGAGACCACACUAAACAUUGGAGGUUAUCCCAUUAUUAUGAGUGAUACUGCAGGAUUGCGAGAUUCUGAUGACCCAAUAGAGAAAGAAGGAGUCAGACGUGCCAAGGCAAGGGUCACUGAAGCAGAUAUUCUUGUAGCUGUAAUUGAUGUGAGCAAUAGUACAAUCUCUCAAGACUUCAUUUUGGCCCACUUGCAUAACAUGUGCCUAAAUGUACAGGAAAAUGGUCCAAGGAGUGUUAUCGUAGUACUGAACAAAAUGGAUCUGCUGAGCCAAGACCAUUUGUCUACUAUGCAGGAGCUAUGCCAAAAGCAUGGACUGCCACCAAUAUGUCUAUUAUCUUGCCAUACAGGGGAAGGAAUUGGUGACUUCUUAAGAAUCUUCAGACAAACUUUAGAAACCAUCUAUGGUGACCCUCUUCAGGGAGCUCCAACAAUAACUCAGACUCGUCACAGGUUUCAUCUCACUGCAUGCCUAGAUGCUCUGAGACGCUAUGAUGUCUAUCGGCAACAAGAUUUGGUUUUGGUUGCAGAGGAACUGCGUAUUGCCCACAGACAGCUCGGCACUAUCACAGGAAGGAUAGGGGCAGAAGAAAUUCUAGAGAUUAUAUUUUCAGAUUUCUGCAUUGGAAAGUGA